GCCUGCCCGUCACCAAGAUGGCGCCUGCGGAGCCGGAAGCGGCCGAGGAAGGGGGCGGAAGUGCCUAAGCUUCGGGAAACUAGCCGCGGGCGAGGGGCCGGGCCGGCGGGCGGCGAUGAGGCUGCUGCGGGAGCCCGGGGCCGUGCUGGGGCUCGCCUUGGUGGCGCUGGUGCAGCUGGGCCCGGAGGCGCAGGCGGUGGAGCCCAUCAGCGUGGGCCUGGCGCUGGCCGGCGCCGCCGCCUCGGCCCUCACCGGCUUGAUCUCCUACCCGAGGCUCUACUGCUACUUCGCGGAGUGCUGCCUGCAGAGGCCCGGGGCGCGCGCUGGGGCAGCGCUUGAAGAACACCUGGACAAGAAGCUCUUCGGGCAGCACCUGGUGAAAAGGGUGCUUGUGAAAGCCGUCACCGGUUUUUUGAAUAACGCAAACCCCAAGAAGCCCCUGACCCUCUCUUUGCAUGGGUGGACGGGAACCGGCAAGAACUUUGUCAGUAAGAUCGUUGCCGAGAGCAUCUACGAAGGCGGCCUCAACAGCAAAUAUGUCCACCAGUUUGUGUCUACUUUGCAUUUCCCUCAUCGGCAGAACAUCACCCAGUACAAGGACCAGUUACAGUCUUGGAUCCGGGGCAACGUGACCGCCUGUGCGCGGUCCAUCUUCAUCUUCGACGAGAUGGACAAAAUGCACGCUGGCCUCAUCGACUCCAUCAAGCCUUUCUUGGACUACUACGAGGAGCUGGAUGGCGUGUCCUAUCGGAAAGCCAUCUUUAUCUUCCUCAGCAACGCAGGGGCUGAAAAAAUAACAGAAGUGACGCUCGACUUCUGGCGGCGUGGAAAGAGAAGGGAGGACUUGGAACUCCGAGAUCUGGAGGUUGCGCUGUCUGUCUCUGUCUUCAAUAACAAGAACAGUGGCUUUUGGCAUAGCAGCCUCAUCGACCGAAACCUCAUUGACUACUUCGUCCCCUUCUUGCCCCUUGAGUACAAGCAUGUGAAAAUGUGCAUCCGCGUCGAACUCGAAUCGCGGGGCUACGUGGUGGAUGAGGAAAUCGUGGCCCGGGUGGCAGACGAGAUGACCUACUUCCCCAAGGUGGAGAGGAUCUAUUCCGACAAAGGUUGCAAGACUGUUUACACAAAGCUGGAUUUCUACUAUGACUUGUAAUCUUUUUAUCUUCAGAGAAGAAAAUGAACCCAAUCCGAGAAACUGAUCACUUUUUCCAUUUUUUUUUUUUUUAAAGAUCAACGUAUGUAAAUCCGUUAAGGAGAUAAAUUCAUUGGCUUUUCGUGAGGGGGAGGGAAUUGUGACGAAUUCCAAAACCUACUUUUGAGGUAUUGUUCUUAGCUUUCUGCUAAGAACAGGAAUACCUACAAUUCCAGAGUGAUGGUGUCUGUACUGUGAAACUACUUGAAUUCCUUUCACAACUGCUUUAUGGGGUAAUAUUUGGUCUCGAACCAGUUACAUACAGGUCUGUGACCGAAUCUAGUUCAAAUUAAGAGUUCCAGGGGAUAUGAAGUACCUCUGAGUCUUCCCUUAAGAAUCAGGACUCCUCAGAAAAUGAAGUUCAAGCUUCCUUGGAAAGGAGGCGUGUGUUUAAAAAAAAGAAAGGCAAGGCAAUCUUGAAUGUUUCCAGCAAGACUGGCACAGAAAUCAGGGCUGAUGAUACCCCUGGGUUUCAAACUUUGUUCUGUUCCUUGAAAGGUUAUGGGGGUACCUCAAAGAGAUCUGUAGUGAUGGAGAACUUCUAUGGGGACAGUUCUGUGGGUGGUGGAAUGGGGCACAUUGCCGCUUUUUUGAGGACUAAAGCUGUGAGCAGCCAUGCGGUCACAGGAUAGGGCUGAGUAUGUUCUAAGAUACACACACAGUCCAUGUGGACAACAGUGAGGUCUAGCUGUCUCAGGCAGUGCCCCCAGAAAACUCCCAGAAUCCUUUGUAAUGCACAGGGCUUCUGUGGGUGCCAGGCUCCUCUGCAGCAGAAGUGCCAUGAGAGUGGGAAUAAAAUAAAUAAAUAAAAAACCUCUGCUGGAAUUCUGAAACAAAGCCAGAUGCAAUAGAUUGCAGAGAAGUUUUCCCCCUUCAGGAAAUCAAAGUGACAGGGGGAAACAAUGAUCUCUUCCAAAUCUGCUUUUGCUGUGCGUGUGUGUGUGUCUCUCUCUCUCUUCCCUAGCAUCAGUGAUGCAAAGCUUUCCCGGCUUAAAAGAAUUUAGAGCAACUGUAAAGUUUGAACAGCUGCCACUUCUGUUGUGUGGCCUUGGGGGGGCGCUGUGAUACCAGCCAAGCUCAUGUUGGGCCUCAUAAGACUGCAUGUCCUACAGACCGUGCCAGGGGGCAGUUCCAAGGAAUCGGGCAUACCACCACUUUUUAAAAUGACGAUAGCCAUAAGCAAAUUUUCACGCUGACAUUACAUAUAUGCACUUGGCCAAGAGAGCGCGUCCUACAAAAGGCCUUAUUUUUACAAGACUCUUAAAUACUGUAGAUAGUGCCCCAAACAUGCAAAGUAAUGGAAUUAGAAUCGCUUCCGAUUCUAUUACCAACGUAUUUUGUACGUUUGACACAAUCUAUAGCAUUUAAGUGUUCUAUAAAAAUACGGCCUUACGGUAGUAGAUCUCUUCCUCGUGGCUAUGUAGAAUACCAACUUGAAAAUUGGCUUAUGGCUGCAAUCAUUGAAAAGGUAGUAACUGAGAGUGUUAAACAGGGGCUUUAGGUCGCUUUCUCAAACCCAGGGGAUCUCAACCUGGAGUCCCCAGAUGCGGUUGGACUACAAUUCCACUGUCAGUGGAUGAUGGGAACUGUAGUCCAACCACAUCUGCAGACCAAAGUUGCCGCUUUAACCUAGCUCUGGGUUUCCAUGACCCUGCUCUCUUUUGUUAGCGGCUGAUGGGGAAAGGUACCACAUGACUCAGUUCAGACAUUCGUGGAAACAGGAUUCUGGGCUUGAAAGGCCUUAGGCCUGAUCCGGCAGGGCUGUUCUUAUGCUCAAAGUGUGGACAAGGAUGCUUUGCUGCGAUUUGGUCUGGAUUGGAUAGUGCAUGGCCUUUUCGUCACCUCUAUGACUAUACUUACGGAGAGGAGAGAGCGCUGAAAAUGAAAGUGGACCCAGUUCUCUAAAGCAGGGAAAGGCUACCCUGGCUCUCCAGCUGUUGAACUACAACUCCCAUCAUCCCCAGCCUCAAGGCUGCCUCCCUUUGCUCUAAACUGCAGCUUGCCUGCCUGGAAGCUCCAAGCAAGCUUUGGGUUUGAAGCCAGCAUUAGCAGCAGCUACACUUGGGCCAGAUUCCCCAAUUCAGCCAAUGACAAAAUGAAAAGAGGUUGGGUGGGUGUGAAUGAGAUCCUCGGAAGCCUCACAGGAGACUGCUGCCACUGGGAUAUUGGAGCAGCCUACAACACCACAAUUGUGUGAGUCGCCAUCAACGCCAGCUGCUGCUUUAAAAAAAAAAAUUCCCUUAAAAAAAGAAAGAAAUCUGAAUAAAUCUUUAAUUGUUCCGA